AUGGCCGAAAUGAAGGCCUCAAUUAACGCUUUAGUCGCAAGGGCGACAUCACCGCAGCGAACAGAGUUGCCGAGUACUCCAUCACAAGUAUCGGCAAGAGAAUCCAAUGUACAGGCAACGCUUCAAGCUCCGCUACCAUCAACCAGUUUGAACCAAAGAGCGAUUGUACCAGCUCAACAACCCGGAGAUUUUUCUAUUUUCAUGAAAAGACAAGCUCUAACUCCCUUGCCGAAAUUCAGCGGGUCACCGAAGGAUUGGCCGAAGUUUAAGAGGAUCUAUGAGGUCAGCACCAGAGAAUGUGCGUUUUCGAACCACGAAAACCUCACUAGAUUAGAGGCCGCCCUGGAAGGACGAGCGGCUAGAAGUAUUCAGCAGUUAAUUAUAAACUCUGAAAAUGUGCCCAGUAUAAUUGAGAGACUGGAAGAGAACUUCGGGAAUCCAAAAUUUAUUUACGAGGAAUUAUUAAAUGAUCUCCAACGAUUAAAAAAGGAAAGUCGCUCGAUAGUAGUGGAAAUGUCAGACGCAUUGGAGAAUAUGGUAACAAAUAUGACAAUAAUUAAUCAAGAAGGUUACCUACUCGAUGCCAGGCUAAUAGAAGAUUUGGUGAGGAAACUCCCAUAUAACUUGCAGAUUGAGUGGACACGCCAUAGAAUGAUGACUGGCGGUACCCCAUCGUUAAGCCAAAUGAGUGAUUGGCUAAAACCUCAUGCUCGAAUAAUGAGGAACAUGACUUCUUCAAUACCGACUACGGCUAGAAGCCACACACACGUUCAUCAGGAGAACAGAAUCACACAAUCAAAUCAACGUAAAUGUGAAGCAUGUCAGGGAAACCACAAACUCCUCGAAUGCACAAGAUUCAAGGCUAUGAAGCCAAAUAGGAGAAACGAAUUGGCCUUAAAGGCAAAGGUAUGCUUGAGCUGUCUCGCAUUUACAAACCACAUAAUGCGAGACUGCAAAAAGGCAAAAAGAUGUGGAAUCAAUGGAUGUAACUAUAAACAUCAUCCAUUGAUUCAUAAAUCUCAUGAGAGAAAUUCAAAUGGUCCAACCGAAUCAGAAGGACGAAGUAGUCCAGAUAUACAAGAGGGUGAGAUACACAAUCACCAACAAACAACAAAAUCCAACGUGUUCUACCAAAUAGUUCCUGUGACGCUGAAAAAUAAUGGUAAAAUCAUCAACGCGUUCGCUUUCUUGGAUGCGGGGUCAUCACUCUCUCUAAUAGAUGAGGAGCUUGCGAACAAGUUAGGGCUCAACGGAAGAAUUGAUCCGUUGACGCUAAAAUGGACGCAGAACGUCACGAGAAAUGAACAAAACAGCCGUAGAGUUCAGGUGCGAAUCAACGGCGUAAACACCAAAGAAUUCGUCAUGAAAGGAGUGAGUCACUUGUUGAUUCCAUUCGAAAGGCGAAUGAGGAAACCGAACGAGCCCGCAGCGCUACGAACCAAACUUGGAUGGUUCAUGUUCGGCAACAUAUCGUCCAACGUGCAAGGCGGACACAUCAUGGUCAUUCAGCAAGAAGAAGACAUGAACGAGGCUUUGCAGAAAUAUUUCUCCACCGAAGACUUCGGUGUGAAAUUAGUCAAGAAUCUACCAAAAUCAGCGGAAGAAGAAAAGGCUGAUGAAAUUUUAAAAAGUACUAUGAAAUACAAAGAUGGUAGAUACGAAGUUGGACUGCUAUGGAAAGAUGAGGAAACGAAAUUUCCAAAUAGCUACAACAAUGCAGCAAAAAGGCUGACAACAAUUGAAAAGAUGUUGAAGAAGGACCCAGAAUUGAAAAAAUGGGCAACAGAAACAUUUGCGGAUUACGAGAAGAAAGGCUACAUCCGCAAACUGACAGAGGAUGAAAUCAUGAAGCCGGUACCAAGAGUAUAUUACCUUCCACACUUCAUUGUGCACAACAAAAACAAAAUGCCACCUAAGCCAAGGUUGGUUUUUGAUGCGGCGGCAAAGAUACAAGGUGUAUCAUUCAACACGGAGCUGUUAUCAGGGCCGGAUGCUACUACGUCACUGUUCGGCGUUUUAGUAAGAUUCCGAGAAGGAGCAAUUGCUGUCUGUGGAGACAUCAAAGAGAUGUUCCAUCAAGUACGAAUCCGAGCGGAAGAUCAACACGCUCAGAGAUUCUUGUGGAGAAAUUGUGACAGCAGCAAGAAACCUGAUGUUUACGUUAUGCAGGUGAUGACAUUUGGAUCAACCUGUUCACCGUCAUGCGCACAAGCGGUAAAAAACUACAACGCUGAAAAAUUCAGGAAAUAUUGUCCAGUGGCGACUGACGCAAUCAUAAAGCAGCAUUAUGUUGAUGAUUAUCUGGAUAGUUUUGAUGGGCUCGAUAAGGCAGCAGAGAUAGUACUUCAUGUUAUGAAAAUUCACGAUCACGCAGGUUUCCACAUCAGGAACUUUGUGUCGAACCGCAGAGAACUUCUUCAAAGCCUACCCUCGGAACGUGUACAAUCAUCUGAAGUCAAAAUGUUUGAGGAAAAAGAUUCUAUUACUGAAAAGGUUCUUGGUGUAUAUUGGAACACCACGUCUGACACACUCGGCUAUCAAAUCAAACUAGAUAAGCUUGGAAGUGAUGUCACACAAAUGACACGUUUACCGACCAAGAGAGAGGUACUAGCUUUUGUGAUGAGUGUCUACGAUCCACUGGGACUCAUCUCGAAUAUAACUGUUCAUGGAAGAAUCCUCAUGCAAAGGCUGCACAUAGAAAAUAUAGAUUGGGAUGACGAAAUUCCCGAGAAGUUGCAGUCAGACUGGCAACACUGGUUAGAAAUUAUUAAAUCUGCUGAGAGCAUAACGAUACCAAGAUACAUUUUUGAAGAAAGAACUGAUGAAGUAGAAUUACACACCUUUGUGGAUGCUUCUGAGCAAGCAUUUUGUGCAUGUGUAUAUGUAAGAAGUGUAUCUGGAAACACAGCACAUGUAAGACUUCUAUCAGCGAAGUCUAGAGUAGCACCAGUCAAGCCGUUGAGCAUACCACGGUUAGAGCUACAAGCGGCCGUGUUAGGAAGCCGAUUAACCAAAACGAUAAUAGAGGAAACAAGACUAAAGGUCGUUAGCAAAACAUUUUGGAGCGAUUCGCAAACUGUGCUCUCGUGGAUCAAAAGCCCGAAACGAAGAAAUACAUUUGUAAUGCAUCGGGUAGGUGAAAUCCUGGAAGAUAACAGGAAAAAUGAAUGGCGAUGGGUACCAACCGAAGUAAACCCAGCCGAUGAAGGCACAAAAGAAAGGCUAGGAAAAUCACAAUGGUUUGAAGGACCUGAUUUCCUAAAGCUCCCAGAAUCGUUAUGGCCUUCUACAGAAGAGAAGGAAACAGACGAAGAAUUGAGAGAAACUGUGCUAGUUCACGAAGAACUAAGCAAAUUGAGUUUCAUCGACGAGUACAAGGAGUACUCAGAUUGGUGGAGGUUGGUGAAGAACCUUUGUGUAUUAAACAGAACAAAGGAAAGAUUACGUCGUGGGUACAUUCCAUAUAUCGAGUACAAAGAUUAUCAGAGAGCUGAGAACGUGCUCUAUAGAAAGAUGCAAUGGGAAGCAUUUCCGAUGGAAAUGGAAACAUUAUUUAAUGGCGAAACAAUAGCGUCAGGACCAUUGGUCAGUUACGCACCUUUCCUGGACGAGGCAGGGGUAAUGAGAAGUGGAGGACGUUUGAGGAAAGCCAUGUCAGUACCAUGGACGACUAGAACUCCAAUAUUGCUCCCGAAAAGACAUCCAUAUACGUAUCUGAUUGUGAAAGCAACUCACGAGAGAUAUUUCCACCAUGGUGAAAACACUGUCAUAGCAGCAUUACGGCAGAAGUAUUGGAUACUGCAUGUAAGAACAGUGCUCGCAAACGUCAAGAAGAAUUGUUAUAAGUGCAAGAUACGACGAGCAACUCCGGUAGAGCCGAUGAUGGCAGAUCUACCAUACUUCCGUACAGAAGCGCAUAUACCUCCAUUCACAAACUGCGGAGUAGAUUACUUUGGACCUUUCGAAGUAGCGGUAAGGAGAUCGCUAGAGAAGAGAUGGGGCGUCAUAUUCACCUGUCUCUCAACAAGGGCAGUACAUAUUGAGAUGGCAGAAAAUCUCAGUACUGAUGCGUUCAUGGUCGUGUUAAGGAACUUCCAGAACCGAAGAGGAAAGGUCACCAGUAUCUACAGCGACAACGGAACGAACUUCGUCGGAGCAGAUCGAGAGCUAAGGUCAUUAGUCAAUGAAAUCAACGAGAAGAUGGGCAAAGGUGAAGCAGCGAAAAUGGAAAUCCAGUGGAGAUUUAACCCACCUUCAGCACCACAUUUUGGAGGCGCUUGGGAGAGAUUAAUCAGAAACAUCAAAGUGGCACUAGCAGAGAUCCUGAAGGUUUGGGGAAGGAGUAAGCCGUCAGCAGCAACGUUGCAAGCUGCAUUCAUUCAAGCAGAAUUCUUAGUCAACUCUCGACCGUUGACACACAUACCAGUCUCCUGCAUCGACGAUGAAGUGUUGACGCCAUUCCACGCGUUAAUAGGGAGAGCAGGAGAGUAUGCACCACCGUAUACACCAACGACCAGUCAGUAUGACACAGCACAAUGGAGACGCAUUCAACAUUAUUCCAAGUUGUUUUGGAACCGAUGGAAGAAAGAGUAUCUACCGACUCUAUUAAAGCGUAAUAAGAAUAAAAAGAAAGUAGAACCGAUUAAGGUCAACGACAUCGUCUUAAUCACGGACGACGAUGCCCCACCAGGAAAAUGGCUCAAAGGACGGGUCAUCGAAACGAUUGUGGCGAGCGACGGGCAAGUUCGCCAAGCAAGGAUUCAAACCGCUAAAGGUGUCCUGAAACGACCGACUGUUAAAAUUGCGGUAUUGGACAUUAUCAAACCAAGAUCCAGCCUCUGA